AUGUCUCUUCCCAAUGACACUCAGUUUCACCCCUCCUCCUUCUUGUUGCUGGGAAUCCCAGGACUGGAAACGUUCCACAUUUGGAUUGGCUUACCCUUUUGUGCUGUGUACAUGAUUGCACUCAUAGGGAACCUCACUAUUCUGUUUGUGAUCCAGGCUGAGAGCAGCCUACACCAGCCCAUGUUCUACUUCCUGGCCAUGUUGGCCACCAUUGACUUGGGUCUCUCCACAGCUACUAUCCCUAAGAUGCUUGGAAUUUUCUGGUUCAACCUCAGGGAGAUCAUCUUUGAUGCCUGCCUCACCCAGAUGUUUUUCAUUCACAAGUUUACACUGAUGGAAUCAUCAGUCCUCUUGGCAAUGGCUUAUGACCGUUAUGUGGCCAUCUGCAACCCACUCAGAUAUAGCACCAUCCUCACUAACAAGAUCGUGUCUGUGAUUGGUCUUGGUGUGGUAGUGAGGGCAUUUAUUUUUGUGAUUCCAUUUAUAUUUCUCAUUUUGCGAUUGCCCUUCUGUGGGAAUCAUGUCAUUCCUCAUACCUACUGUGAGCACAUGGGUCUUGCUCGGCUGUCUUGUGCCAGCAUCAAGAUCAAUGUUAUUUAUGGUUUGUGUGCAAUUUGUAAUCUAGUGUUUGACAUUAUAGCCAUUGCCCUUUCUUAUGUUCAGAUACUCCAUGCUGUUUUCCGUCUUCCUUCCAAUGAAGCCCGGUUCAAGUCUCUCAGUACAUGUGGUUCCCAUGUUUGUGUAAUUCUUGCCUUCUAUACACCAGCCCUCUUUUCCUUUAUGACACAUCGCUUUGGCCGAAAUGUCCCUCGCUAUAUCCACAUACUCCUGGCCAAUCUUUAUGUCAUUGUGCCACCAAUGCUCAACCCUGUCAUAUAUGGAGUCCGAACUAAGCAGAUCUAUGACUGUGUGAAGAAAAUAUUAUUUCAGAAAUAA